AUGUCUUCCUCCGAAGCUUUGGAUCCUACGAUCCAGAAGAGCACGCUUCCUGAUGUGAAGCAUACGACAGAAGAGGCACCUCGCAAGGUGGAUGGCAUCUCUCAACUGUAUGAAAGCAAUGUCUUCAACAGUACGCCCGAGAGCCGGCGGCAGAUCGGCGUCGUCAGUGCUUCCUUCCUGAUCUUCAACCGCAUCAUCGGCACGGGUAUCUUUGCGACCCCGAGCUCCAUCCUGGAGCUGACGGGCAGUGUUGGUCUGUCCCUGUUCAUCUGGGUGGCCGGCAUGCUGAUCGCCGUGGCUGGUACUGCCGUCUACCUGGAAUGGGGUACUGCUAUUCCCAGAAACGGCGGUGAGAAGAACUACCUCGAGUAUGUCUAUACGAAGCCCAAAUUCCUCGCGACGGCCAUGUUCGCUGCCUACGCCGUCCUCCUCGGCUGGGCGGCCGGCAACAGCGUCAUCUUCGGCGAAUACAUCCUCAACGCCGCGCAGGUCGAGGUGACGCGGUGGAACCAGCGCGGCGUCGGCCUCGCCUGCAUCUCCGCCGCGUUUCUGAUCCAUGCCACCGCUCUGAAAUGGGGGUUGCGUCUGCAGAACUUCCUCGGCACCAUCAAGCUGAUCAUCAUCCUGAUCAUCGUUGUCACCGGCUGGGUCGCCCUGGGUGGACACCUCAAGGUCGAGAAGCCGGAUAACUUCUCCGAUGCGUUUGCGGGACCCGCGGCAGUGCAUAUGGCAUCGUCACGGCCCUGUCAAUGUCAUCUGGCGUUUAUCGGCUACUCAAAUGCUAACUAUGCCCUGAGCGAAACGCGCAAUCCCACUCGCACCCUGAAGAUUGCGGCGCCAAUGGCAGUGAUCUCCGUUGGCAUUCUGUACAUUCUCGUCAACAUCGCCUACUUCGCCGCCGUCCCCAAGGCAGACAUCUUGUCCUCCGGCCAGAUCCUGGCGGCGACGUUCUUCCGCAACAUGUUCGGAGACCGGGCGGAGCGGGUGAUGUCGGUUUUCGUCGCCCUGUCCGCCUUUGGCAAUGUCCUGUCUGUCUUGUUCUCGCAGGGCCGGAUCGUCCAGGAGCUGGGCCGUGAAGGUGUCCUUCCCUUUUCUAAAAUCUGGGCCAGCAACUGGCCGUUCAACUCCCCCGCCGCGGGUCUCUUUGAGCACUACCUCGUCUCCGUGAUCAUCAUGCUUGCUCCCCCGCCGGGCGAUGCCUAUAACUUCCUUCUGAACCUGAUCUCCUAUCCGCUCUCCAUCGUCAAUGUCUUCGUCUCCGGCGGCCUCAUCUACAUCUACCUGAACCGUUCCAAAUUCCCGUCCUGGGCCCCCGGCAUCCGCGCCUCUCUCCCUGUCGCGAUCUUCUUCUUCCUUUCCAACAUCUACCUUGUUGUGGCGCCAUACGUCCCGCCGGACGCCGGAGAAAGCGUCUACAAGGAGCUCCCGUACUACCUGCACUGCGUGGUCGCCAUCGGUAUCUUUGCCAUUGGAGCGAUCUACUACAUCGCCUGGGCUAUCAUCCUGCCCCGGCUGGGCAAGUACACGCUCGUCAAGGAGACGAUUGUGGGUGAUGAUGGCUGGUCGCGGAGCAUCUUCACCCGGGUUCCGGAGAAUGUCGUCUCACGGCAGCAACGAGUGGUGAGAACUAGUGGCGGUGAAGGUGAUAACUUUUGA